AAAAAAUUGAAACCUUAUCCCCAAAACCCCAACCCUUAACUCUAAAUCCUAAGUUUAAAUUAGUUAACUCUAGUGUAAAAAUAUACUUCUACCUUUUAAUAAAACUUAUUUUGGUCAUUUUUUCAUUGAGACCUAUUUUUGUGACAAAAACGUAAAAAUGACUAUCUUAGAGAAUUUUGCAUAUAUAUAUGAAUAUACGCUUUUAACACGUACCACUUCUUAGUUUUUUUAAAUCCUAUUUUUAAGGUUUCGUUUCCGCGUUUCCGCUUCCGAUUCUAGGUUAUAUAAGUUUUGCUUGAAAUUUUGGAACCAAAUAAUUGGAUAGGAAUCAAAACAGGAAAAUUAAAGUGGUAUAUAUCUAUUAACGCUGGAUAUAUUAUCCUAUUACAAACUCGGAGAAAUAUUAGAGAUGAUUCUACAGCUGAUAAUUCUACCUACCUUAUGAAGAUUCAUAUCUGACUGCAUCAUUUGAAUCGUUUUAUCAGAUCCACUUUUGAUGGUAAUCCUUGCGCCAUACUGCAAAUAUCUUAUAAGUCGUUUCUCUAUUAAUUCACAUAAUUCGCCUUCUCCGGGAAUCAAACCCAAACCUCCUGCCAGGGGUGGGCACUUUACCCGAUAUCCGAAGUGGCAUCCAAACCCGAUCCGAAAAACCCGAACCGAAAUCCGAACCGAAGUAGCAAAAUAUCCGAACGAGUAUUGAAUUAGGAGAGAUUGGAUAUCCGAACCCGAAUGAAUAUCCAAAAAUAACCAAACAUAUAUAUAAUUAACUUUAUAUUUAUAGUUUACAUCUCUCAAUUUAUAUAAAGUAUUUAUAUUGAUACUAAUGUAACAAGUAAUUCGUAGUAACUACUACAUUCAAAUAUCUCCAAUAUGAAGCCUAAAUUCAGAAACUUCUGACAACCUACCUUUGGGAGUUCCCAUUCCCUUAGAGUAAGCUAUACAAAAGGUUUGGUAGAAGGAAUUAGAAGGUGACGGCCCAUUUAAUCAAGCUACAUAACCCACAAAUUUGUAAAUGAAUUAUAAUUUUGUUAUAAAUUUUGAAUAAUAUACCUUCAAAUCUUCAAUAGUGAUCAAUUCUAUCUCCCAUGUAUGUAUCAUGUUUUCGGAAGAAUAUCAUUAGAAUCAGCAAAGAAAACACCAAAAACAAGUCAGUUGAUUUUGGGAAUUAUGGGUGCUCCACUCGAAAUCGUCACUUCUUACCAAGGGUCUACAGUUUAUAUAAAAAAAACUUAUCAUUUUACUUACAAUAUACCCUACAUAUCAAUCAAUGAAAUUAGAACAAGGUUGCAUACUAGUAUAAACCUCGAUCCUGGAAUCUGAGAUCGUCGAACAGAAUGUUAACAUUAUCACAAAGUGAUGAUAGUACAUUGUCAUGUGAAAAAACAAUUAGUGACUUGAAGUGAAACCACCUAUGAGCACCUAUGAGUCCUAACCACAAGAAGAGGGUUUGGCUGUAGAACAAGUGGCAAAUUAAACCUAUUAAAUCUCCAGAAAAAACUACUAUAAAUACCCACGGCCUCACUACACUUCAAUUCACCAAAGUACGUACAGAACAAAGAUCGUUUAAGAGCAAAAUGGCCCCAAAAGGUGUAACAAACACUUUAGUUUUUGUUCUUGCAUUAAUCAGCAUCCUCUUCAUCGGCCAAACCAAAGCCCAAGGCCGGCCUAGUCCCCGGCUGCCUCCACCUCCACCACUACAACGGCCUUCAUCACCACCUCCACCAUUAUUGGUGUGUCCACCAUGUGUUUGUCCAAUAUUAUCACCACCUCCACCAAACACCCCACCGCCAACCCCUCAGACUUCACCAAUAACACCAGUGGCUCCCCCACCGCAGACACCACCUAGCAACCUACCCCCAGCGUUUCCACCAAACAAUCCAUCAGCAACCACACCACCGCAAACUUCUCCAACUCCACCACCACAGACUCCAUCAGUAAGUCCUCCAAUCACUCCAACCAUAUCACCCCAGCUUCCUCCAUCAAACAUCACGCCAACGCCUACGGAGGAGAUUCUACCAGUGCGUCCUUCAGUUCCACCAUCACGGACUCCGCCAGUGCAUUCUCCAAUUUUUUCACCUAAAUCUCCAUCAAUCUUACCACCACAGAUUCCAUCAGUGCCUCUUCCAAUUACACCCUCAGUGCCUCCUCCAAUUACACCACCACAGACGCCGCCACAAAGUCCACCCCAAACUCCGCCAACCACACCACCACAGACUCCACCAGUGAGUCCUCCAAACACACCACCACUUCCUUCUCCUCCUCUAAAUUUCCAACCACCACCGCCCCCACCACAGACUCCUCCGUCUUCUCCCCCAAACUCCCAACCACCCUCAGUGCCUCUUCCAAUUACACCACCACAGACGCCGCCACAAAGUCCACCCCAAACUCCGCCAACCACACCACCACAGACUCCACCAGUGAGUCCUCCAAACACACCACCACUUCCUUCUCCUCCUCUAAAUUUCCAACCACCACCGCCCCCACCACAGACUCCUCCGUCUUCUCCCCCAAACUCCCAACCACCCUCAGUGCCUCUUCCAAUUACACCACCACAGACGCCGCCACAAAGUCCACCCCAAACUCCGCCAACCACACCACCACAGACUCCACCAGUGAGUCCUCCAAACACACCACCACUUCCUUCUCCUCCUCUAAAUUUCCAACCACCACCGCCCCCACCACAGACUCCUCCGUCUUCUCCCCCAAACUCCCAACCACCCUCAGUGCCUCUUCCAAUUACACCACCACAGACGCCGCCACAAAGUCCACCCCAAACUCCGCCAACCACACCACCACAGACUCCACCAGUGAGUCCUCCAAACACACCACCACUUCCUUCUCCUCCUCUAAAUUUCCAACCACCACCGCCCCCACCGCAGACUCCUCCGUCUUCUCCCCCAAACUCCCAACCACCCUCAGUGCCUCUUCCAAUUACACCACCACAGACGCCGCCACAAAGUCCACCCCAAACUCCGCCAACCACACCACCACAGACUCCACCAGUGAGUCCUCCAAACACACCACCACUUCCUUCUCCUCCUCUAAAUUUCCAACCACCACCGCCCCCACCGCAGACUCCUCCGUCUUCUCCCCCAAACUCCCAACCACCCUCAGUGCCUCUUCCAAUUACACCACCACAGACGCCGCCACAAAGUCCACCCCAAACUCCGCCAACCACACCACCACAGACUCCACCAGUGAGUCCUCCAAACACACCACCACUUCCUUCUCCUCCUCUAAAUUUCCAACCACCACCGCCCCCACCGCAGACUCCUCCGUCUCCUCCCCCAAACUCCCAACCACCACCACCCCCAACUUGUCCCAGAAAUGCCAGCCAAUUAAGGGCAUGUUCAAAUACCAUAAGACGUUUUGGUAACUUCCUGGACUUUGGAAGGGCACAACCAUGCUGCUCUCUCAUCCGAGAUCUAUCUGAUGCUGAAGUAGCUGCAUGCCUAUGUGGUUUGGUGCAACCACAAAGUCAAAGAUAUUCCACUCCUUCUCGCAAUAUCUUUAUCAUUUGUAGGGCUUGUGGUCGCCCGAUGCCUCGAGGUUUCAUGUGCCCAUAAUCGUUACUAUAUGUACCUUUCUAAAAUUACCUAUAUACUUUAACGUACUCGCUACUUAAACCACAACUAAAGAUUUGCGGCUUUUUUUUUUCACUUCCUAUCAAUACUAAUGUAAUAAAACAUCAAUAAAUCCUCUGUUGACUUUUACAUAUAUUGUUUGUUGUUCUGUUUCUAAUCACACUAUCUAAGUUAUUGAAAUUUAUAAAAAACCUGCAUUAUACAUGUAUGAAUAUGGUUAGUAAUACAAUCACUAAUAAAAACUAUUAUAUGACAUUAUGACCUAGUCUUAUAGAUAUCGAUCUAGUUAAGAACUCAUCCGAAAUAAUUGAAGCACAAAAAUGUAUAAACUUUACAAAAUGCAAAUACCUUAUAUGAUUCAAAACAAAUACAAAUGUUCGUAUAAUAUACACUAAUGAAACAGAGCAUCAGAUAUUUUUCAACUUUUGUCAUCUUCCUUCUAAAAGUUUCAGCUAGUAGUACAUUAUUUUCUCAAUGGGAAAAUCGCAUAAAAAACCUUGAAAGUGUCACUUACUAGCAUUUUAAACCUUGAAGUUUUUUCGCUAGCACUUUUAACCUUCAAAGUGACAUUUUUAUCAUAAAAAACCUCCAAACAAGAAAAAUGACCGGUUGAACAGGUUUAAAACAGUUUUUUUUUUUCAAAAAAUAAUUAUUUAAUUAAUAAAAUAAACAAAAAAAUUAAUAAAAAUC